GAUAAGAGGUCCGAGCAUCGCAUCCACACCCAGAUAAGCGUGGAGGCCUUCAGACUGCUGGGGAGAACCUGAGCCAGCCCCGCUCCCUGCUGAGCGGUCAGGACAAUGUGGGCCCGCUCCUCCGGGGCUCCCCGCUGCACCUGGUGACAUACCACAACAGCCCGGCUGCCCCUCUUUAGGGCCCAAGAUGUCCCCUGGGGCCUUCUGGGUGGCCCUGCUCAUGCUGUUCCUGCUGGUCUGUCCUACACACCAGAAGCCGCUGCAGGAUUGGGUCCAGCCAUCCCCCGGGGGAAACGCCCGCAGCUCACUAGGCUUGUCUGGAGGUGGAGACGAGGGUGUCUUUGACUUGAAGAUGUUCCUGGAGAACAUGAAGGUGGACUUCCUGCGCAGCCUUAACUUGAGCGGUAUCCCCUCCCAGGACAAAACCAGAGUGGAGCCACCCCAGUACAUGAUCGACCUGUACAACAGGUACACGACCGACAAGUCAUCCACUCCGGCCUCCAACAUCGUUAGGAGCUUCAGUGUGGAAGAUGCUAUCUCAACAGCUGCCACAGAGGACUUCCCCUUCCAGAAACACAUUCUGCUCUUCAACAUCUCCAUCCCUCGGCACGAGCAGAUCACCAGGGCUGAGCUCCGGCUCUAUGUCUCCUGCCAAAAUCACGUGGACUCCACUCGUGGGCUGGAAGGAAACAUGGUUGUCUACGAUGUUCUGGAUGGAGAUGACACUUGGGAUGGUGCCUCGGGGACCAGGACCUUCUUGGUAUCUCAGGACAUUCAAGAUGAAGGCUGGGAGACCUUGGAAGUAUCGAGUGCUGUGAAGAGAUGGGUCAGGGCAGACUCCGCCACAAACAAGAAUAAGUUAGAAGUCACAGUGGAGAGCCAUAGGAAGGGCUGUGACACACUGGACAUCAGCGUCCCACCAGGUUCCAAAAACCUGCCCUUCUUCGUCGUCUUCUCCAAUGACCGCAGCAACGGGACCAAAGAGACCAGGCUGGAGCUGAAGGAGAUGAUCGGCCAUGAGCAGGAGACGGUGCUUGUGAAGACAUCUAAGAGUGGUUACCAGGAAGCAGGCGAGAGCCAUGAGGACGAGGAAGUCGAUGGGCACACAGCUGUGGGCCCUUUCUUAGCGAGAAGGAAGAGGAGCACUGGGGCCAGCAGCCACUGCCAGAGGACAUCACUCAGGGUGAACUUUGAGGACAUUGGCUGGGACAGUUGGAUCAUUGCACCCAAGGAAUAUGACGCCUACGAGUGUAAAGGAGGCUGCUUCUUCCCACUGGCUGAUGAUGUGACGCCCACUAAGCAUGCUAUUGUGCAGACCCUGGUGCAUCUCAAGUUCCCCACGAAGGUGGGCAAAGCCUGCUGUGUUCCCACCAAACUGAGUCCCAUCUCCAUCCUCUACAAGGAUGAUAUGGGAGUGCCAACCCUCAAGUACCACUAUGAGGGAAUGAGUGUGGCAGAGUGUGGGUGCAGGUAGUCCCUGCAGCCACUUGGGGUGGGGAUGAAGGACGGGGAAGAGGUCCUGAUAGGGUACUGCACCACCCCUCCCCCCGGGCACAACAGGAGCUAAGAUGUUCUGAAACCAUCCUGGAGAAGGAAAAGAAUCACUCACCCUUCUUGUCUCCAGUGGCUUGUCUCCUCUUGUCUCCUCUGCUGAAUUGACAUUAACUGGGGUAUACGGUUAUGUGGGCAGAAUAGGAGAUCCUGGAAGGGUUAGUGCGUAGAAAGGAAAUAAUGAAAAAGAAAUGGGAGAAAGGGGGUGGGGGAAUAACAGAAAAGUAAGCAGAAAACAUCAGAAGAUGCAAGUGAUGUAUAUGGAGUCUUGAAAAUUCUAGGGUCCAGGAAGACGAGACACGAAGGAAGGAAAGGAAGAGGUAGGCUCCAUCCCUCAUUUCACGUUAUUUUUCACACCCCACUGAGAUGUGCACUGUGACCUCUGAUUGUCAGUUGUAGGGAUCAAAACUCAGCAAGCAAGUUAUGAUAACUCAGUGGUAGGAGUCUUCCCUGAGUGUAGGGGCCCUAAAGCCUGGGACCUUCCGAAGCACCCCAUGCAGUUUAAUAGGUUACUGGGUACUGAAGGAGUCAUUAGAUGUGGAAGGCCCAGCAUGAGGCCAGGCAGGGCUGAGCCAGGUCCAUACCCACAGCUUGCUGAGUCCCAGUAUGAAAUGCCUGCUCAACGCCCAUGCUCACUCUGUGAUGUCUGACCAAACCCCACCCCUGAGUAAAUAUCCCCAAGCAAGCACAGAUUGGAGAGGCAGUUCAGGACCUCCCCUCUGACGCUCGCUGUGAUCUGAGCUGCUUUGACUACUAGGGCAGUUCUCCUGUGUUUCAGGGGUCAUGUAAGAUCUCUUACAAUCCUUUAUUCCAAUCCUGUGACUGUCAGGAGGGACCGCCUAUGACUUGGGCCUCUGAAAUGGUCUACUUUGGACAGCAGCCCAGGCAGGAACAUCUCCUGCCUGAGGACUCCACACAGGACAAGGCAGGGUUCAGAUCUGUUGGGACCAAAUGUGCUAUUGGUUAACUAUUUGAAGCUUGCCUAUUUGUCUUCCUUGGUGACCUGCAUUCAAAUGAUGUCUUACUGGGUGAGGUUUCCUGGCGUCUGAAGACAGCCCUGUUGUUCAUCCACUGCCACUGACUCUGCCAACAGCUGCCAGCUUCCUUGAGUACUGUGUCCUCCAAGUGUUUCCAUCCCUGUUCUCAGCCUCUCACCUGACUCUCCUGGUGGCUCAAAGGACAGGAUGGGGUGAGGAAGAGCCUGAUGCCCUCGGCCAGGCAGGGCCCAGAGGGACUUGGGGAGAUCUGGACCACUCUCAUUGAUUGAUGUUGCCACAUAAUUUAAAACAAUGGUCUGCAAUAAAUGUUUCCAUGGAAUCAAUGAACGGCUUUAAUACAAAUUACAAUUAAGUAUUAUUGGUAGAGUUGAAGAAAAGAUACAUUCCUGAGACAUGCCAGGCAGCUUGGCAUGGCAGCGUUAUUUCCAGAUGGUGGUGGGUAGUGAUGUUCUUCUCUGGGUCCUAGUGAUGGUUCGCUGUGCAUGAGAAAAAAAAUUACUUAGAAAUCAAGUC